AGUGCGGUGCGCGGGGCUGGCUCUCCCUCUUUCCUCCUCCCCCUCCUCACUCCCUUCUCCUUCUUUGACAUUUUUACCUCUGACAUUUUCUUGCUCGGUCGGAGCCGAGUCCAUAAAGGGAUACUGUGCCCGCUCCCGGACUGGUGACAGGAGGGAUUAACCAGCACAGAGCCCAGACACCAUUCCCGGGUUGCCAGCUCUGCCAGACUGGAAGACUGUACACCAAUGCUGAGACACUACACUACACUGGGACUAUAUCAUUAUCUAAGAGGGAUUUAAAGAAUUCAGGUAAUGGAGAAUCCACCAUGGUCCGAGGUGUUCAAAAUGUCACUGAAGGUGCAGACAAGUAACAUCACAAACAAGAACGACCCCAAGUCCAUCAACUCCAGAGUCUUCAUUGGGAAUCUCAACACAGCCGUGGUCAAGAAAUCAGACGUGGAAACCAUCUUCUCCAAGUACGGCAGAGUGGUGGGCUGCUCGGUGCACAAGGGCUAUGCGUUCGUCCAGUACUCCAACGAGAGGCACGCCCGGGCCGCCGUCCUGGGGGAGAACGGACGAGUGCUCGCCGGGCAGACGUUGGAUAUCAACAUGGCUGGGGAACCUAAACCCAACAGACCCAAGGGGCUGAAGAGAGUAACCUCGGCCUUGUACAGUGGUUACGACUUCGACUACGACUACUACAGAGAUGACUUCUACGACAGGCUUUUCGAGUAUCGAGGCCGGGUCUCGCCGGUCCCCAGGGUGGUGCCGGUGAAGCGUCCCCGGGUGACCAUCCCCUUAGUCCGCCGCGUAAAAGCAACGCUUCCCGUCAAACUUUUCACCAGAUCGGCCGCCAUUGCAAACAGCUCCGCCAGAUUAAAGUGUGAGUACCUGCGAAUGCAAGCAGAUCAGACAUACGGCAUAGGGAGCAAACACCCCGCUGGCUCACCUCUACCGCAUCACUGAGUGCCCCAGAACAGCCACGCAUGACGACAAACCACUGCCUGUCUGAGAAACUGUUUCCCAAGCACUGAUCAAUUAACCCUCGCAUCCCCCAUUUGUUAAUAAUAACCGACGGGGAAACUGAGGCACGGAGCUGGGAAGUGACGGGACAAGAUGGAGCUGGGAAUAGAACCUGGAUGUCCUGCCUCUCAGUUCCAUGUGCUGACCAUUAGCUCAUGCUUCUUCCUGAAUGACACUGAUUACCGUAUGUAUUCGGCCAUAAGCCCCUUCUUUCAUAAGCCGACCCCUGCCCAACUUACAGAAUUUUUUUUAAAAAAAAGUCAAUGACCCGUUUCUAAGCUGACUUGUGCCAGGUCCAGCAAUACCCCUGCUGCAGCUCUGCGUGAAAUGUGAUUUAGGAGCUGGUGGGCAGGCAGCCCAGCUCAGUCCUGGCUGGUUCUGGGUCCCAGGAGCUACUAGCCCCACCCCCACAGCUCUGCAAUAAAAGGAAUAUGUGGGUAAUGACACCACCUACUUUGUAAGGUGCUAGGAGAGCUUCUAAUUUGCACUGGGCUAUGUUGCAUGCCCCUUCCUUCACACCCAUAGAGUCCGUCUCUCCCCACCUUUCAGCCCACACUCAUUGGCAACAUAUACUGUGAAGCCGUCUAAAGAAGUAAUGCUCAAUUUCUUUUCCAAAUGAACCAAGGAAAAAUAUUCAGGGAUGUGCUGACUUGACUCUUUUGCAUCUUGUUUCACUUCUCUUGCCGCCGUUCAGCAGCUGAUAAGAGGCAAAUCAAGAGAAGCCAGCGAGGUUCUGUGUUUUACAAAGGGUAAAAGUCAGCGGCUCCCAUUGCCAGCAGUGGGGUCAGGUUUUCACCCCAAAAAUUGCUUUGCUAUACUUGUGUAUCGAUUACACUUUCUCCUAAGGCAUGCACAUAGAAUCCUACAGCUGCAUAUCAAUGAUCUCUCUACUGUUUCCAUUGGUGUGCGGAAUGCAUUUUCCAUGUGUACCAAGACGUACGGAUGUACACCACCAAUGGAAACACAUGCAGCUGGCUGCAGGUGAUCUACUAAUCAGCUGGGCAGCCCUGGAAUCUUUCCUGGAUGGCCCCCCUAGCGCACAGCUUACAGGUAACACUGCUGAGUCCUGCCGGAGACUCCAGCCAAAGGCUGCUCCUUGCUCACCAUUUCCAUGUUUGUACUGCUCGCCCAGGACUGCGCAUGACUCUAUCCCAGACCACCCAGAGCCGUGUCUGCCUCCCGCCCAAGGAGUGGAGAGAGUUGACUUCACGCCCAAAGUCCAGGCUCCAUGUAAAACUAGCUCUUUAUAGGCCAGCUCCCCUUUGGUUGCUGUGAAGUCCCGGCCUGGAAUUUGGGCUGGGGGAGGAUUGUCCCCAAGGUGUGACGUGUCCUGCAUAUCAACGGCUCCAUGCAAAUCAGGACCACUGACUUCUGAGCUGUCACUGGCUCCGAUGGCAUGGGCAGCGUCAUUCCCUGCUGCUCUGGGGGGAAGCACGGCCCCUCCCUUUCGAGAAAAUGGCCUAUAGUCCAAGAAGCUACGGUAAACGUACGCUGAAAUAACCAUGUGCCUGGGGACAGUGGGUAAGGCCAAGAUACAACGAUUGCCCCUGCCAGUUGGGAAUAGCACAGGUUUGGGUGACGGCUAGGACUUUAACAGGGUUCAAAAAAGCACUAGAUAGCCAUUGAUGGACCUAACCUCCGGGAAUCUGUGAGCCAAGAUGGGUAGAGAUAGUGUCCCUAGCUUUAGGGUGUCUGGAAGUGGGUGACGGGGAGGGAUCACGUGAGGAUUCCCUGUUGUGUUCCCUCCCUCUGAGGCACCUGCCAUUGGCCACUGUGGGCAGACAGGACACUGGGCUAGUCGGACCUUUGGUCUGAGCCAGCUUGGCUGUUAUGCUCUGCUACAAAUAGCUAAGGUACAAAACGUGACUGUUCCAGAGCCACCCACCUGUGAGGCCUGGCCCGUCCCUGCCUUGAGGGGACUGGCAGCGAGUGGGUCCCAUCGUAGUCAGCCCAAGCCUUCUCGCUGGCCACCAAAGUGGAAGGGUGAAGAUGCAGGCUGGAGUUCCAAAUGCUCUGACUGCUUCUGCCACACCCCCAGAAUGGCCAGCAGUGCGUUUGUGCGAGCCACGUGGGAGCACGCGCCUCUCUCCCCUCGUGGCACGCAGCUGCCCAGGCCAGUGCAGGUCCUGCGGGUAAGGAUCCAACCUCCAGAGCCAGCUGGGACUUGGUCCUGGAAUGCGGACUUGCAGGAUUGCGCUGAGAACAUCGCAGGCUCCUGUGAGCUCUGGGGGGGCAGCCGCAGCCCAGCUCCCCGCUGCUGCUGGCCCAAGCAGCAGAUGCUCUGCAUAGGACUGGGGGGCUGCUCAGAGAACAGACAGCGAGUGGCUGGGGCGUGUAACAUGCAGCGUGUGAGGAGCUCUGCUAGCUGGGGACUGUUGGAGCCCUGCAGAAGGAAUUCCCAGCCCAGACUGGCUUCGUCCCAGUUCCACUCAGGCUGCAGCCUAACAUCCUGCCUCCCCCAGCGGCUGGGACCACUCACCCAAGGGCACAGGCAGUCACAGUCCCUGACUCUCCACCUGUCUCAGCCGUGGCCCAGAACGGUUUCCGUGGUGACACUCCAGAUUAUCCCCCAUUGCCGUCCCCCCAUCUCGGGAGGGGUUUCAUGG